UUCGUCGAUGUCAUCGAGGACUACGAGCGCGGAAUGAUCCGGAGCGGCCGGGACUUCUUCCUGGCGCUCGAGCGGCAGGGCCGCUGUGAUGAGACGAACUUCCGGCAGGUGCUGCAGCUCCUGCGCAUCAUCACCCGGCACGACCUCCUGCCCUACGUCACGCUCAAGCGCAGGAAGACAGUCUCUCCAGACCCAGUCGACAAGUACCUCGAGGACACGUCAGUAACAUAUGUAAUGCCACGGGCCUUGGCUGCAACCAGAGGAGCGGAAUACAGCAAAGCAGAUUCCCCGCACCGCUUGCUGUGUUGUGCUCCUGCGGCCAGGCAGCCCCUCCGACAGCGAUUGUAUCGGGGUCGACCCUCAGUGCACAGUCGCGGCAAGAGGAAGAAAUCAGCCUCCCUGGAGCCGAACGAGAAGCAGACUUGCGAUAUCCGGCUGCGAGUGCGAGCCGAGUACUGCCAGCACGAGACGGCGCUGGAGGGGAACGUCUUCUCCAACAAGCCCGAUCCUCUGGAGCGCCAGUUUGAGUGCUUCUCCCAGGCCAACACCAUCCUGAAGUCCCGGGACCUGGGCUCCAUCAUCUGUGACAUCAAGUUCUCCGAGCUGACCUACCUCGACGCUUUCUGGCGGGACUACAUCAACGGCUCGCUGCUGGAGGCCCUGAAGGGCGUCUUCAUCACCGACUCUCUGAAGCAGGCCGUGGGCCACGAAGCUAUCAAGCUGCUGGUCAAUGUGGACGAGGACGACUACGCGGCCGGACGCCAGAGGCUGCUGCGGAACCUGAUGCUGCAGCAUGCUCCCUGAGGCUCCCUCCCCGAGGGUCCCUCCCUCCGCUCCCCGAGGCUCCCUCCCCGAGGGUCCCUCCCUGAGGCUCCCUCCGCGAGGCUCCCUCCCUGAAGCUCCCUGAGGCUCCCUCCGCGAGGUUCCCUCCGCUCCCCGA